UUGAAAGCAGCCUAGUCAUUAUGUCACUGACAAAUAUGUUUUGUCCAGGACCAGGGAUCUGGUAUAUAUAAAGUCCGAGUCCGUAGUUGUUAUCACGACAUAUCUGCUUGGUGAACUUACACAGCUGAAGUCUUCUUCCUAGGAAAAAGGAUUUAUUUAGGCAAAUCGGUGCCAUAGAGCACCCAAGUCUGUGAAUAGUUUAAAAAGAUUUAUAAGCGAGCCCAGUGAGUGGAAGAGGUGAAAACUCCAGGAUGUCUCCAUUAUCUCUGUGUGUUUCCUUCCUGUUCGUCUUGACCGUGUCUGUCGCUCAGGGUCGUGACAUCGCCUCCAACCUUCACGGUAUAGCGUUUGCUGCCGUCACCACUGAAGACGCCCAACGUGCCGCUAGAUGGUACUCAGAGUUUUUGGGAGCGAAACAUUUGACUGAUCUGUCGUUCUCGUUUUACGGAGAUGAGCACUAUUACAGAUUCUUCCAGAAGGAGAUUCUGGAGGCGCGGGCACAGGGCAUUGACCCUGACCGUCUGGGUGUUCCGGAUAUCAGUGAUAAUGGCAACUAUGAGAUCCGCGGUGAAUUUGUCCUCUUCGACAACGGCCUGGUCCAGCUGAUUGAGUUCGCUCGUCGUGACACGGAGGAGCACAUCACCUACCCUCGCCGCAUUCGACUCACAGGGCCCGGUGUUCGAAACGCUCCCCAGAUCUGUCUGUGGACCAAGGAUGACCUAGAUUUCAACCAGUUUGUUCAUGAGCUGGAGGAGAAGUCGAUCAAAGCCGGCUAUGACAAGGCCAUAUUUAACAGAGCCGUCAAGGUGAAGAAUGAAGAGGAGCGAAGAAAUGCACCUAUCAAAGACAAGGGAAUCAAUGUGAAAGAAGGCCCUUUCGCCGGUCUUAGCUUUGUAUACAUGAAGGGCCCUAGUGGCGAGCAGCUGGAGCUCUAUAAGAUGGUGAACCACACCCGCUGGCAUUUCGGCAAGGAGUACUGUAAACGUCGUGGAGUGACCACUGCCUUCCUGGACAACUACAAGGACAACGAGUACAAGAAGAAGGCGGGCCUUACAGGACAGAUGUGGGGACUGGUGCAGUUCGGAACUCACACCGAUGAUCUCUUCGGCUCUGUGAAUUUCUACUCGAAUGCUAACCGCGUGAUUGACGUCCGAAGACUCGGGGAGAUGGUGGACCUGUCUGAGUACAGCCGACCGUUCACCUCCGGCAACCUGGAGGGUUACAACUACGUUGUAAUGAAAGGACGCUCCGGCGAGCACAUCAUGUUUGUGCAGCUCCGCGGACCAAUGGGGGAGAAGGUGAAGCAAGCCAUGCUGGAGUACGGAGCGGUCAGUACGGCCUGGCCAGAGACCAACCCGUGGACUUACGGCGGGUACGACGAGUUCUGCAGCAAAUAUCACAACCUGGAUGCUUCUCCAAAAGAAGAACUAUAAGGAAACACCGUUUUUGUUAUAAUAUUAUUAUUAUUAUCAGUAUGAUACGAUCAAAGCUAUGGGUUAAAUUAGUCAGUUAAUUUCUGUCUCAGGAGGGGUAUUAUCUAUUUUUGUAAGUCGAAUCCUUGUGUGUGGAUUAGUUUGUUUGUUUAUUGUUGUUUCUUUUUAAGUUGUGUUCAAGUUUCGUUGUGUUGUCUACAGCGAUGAUAGUACUAAUAAUGUCCUGCGACAUUGCAUAAGACACGGACCUUCACCUGAAAGUAUGAUUGGGCUUAGAGUGAAGUGAACAUGCACGAGAGAUUUUAUUAUAAUAUGAUUUUUUGUUUGCUCAUAUGGAUGAUGACCUGAAUCUACAGUCUGCAUGUUUGAUCGUUGGACAAAAAGUGAAUUUUUAAAUAUUAAUAUAUAUAAUUUAAUGUAAGCCAAAGUUAAUAUGUUUUACAAUUAUAUCAUUUAGUCUGAUUUUUCUGAUUGCUCUUAUUCUGACAAAUCUCUUCCUAGCACAGUUUAUUUUACAUUGCAUUUUGUACAGCCCACGACCAUCAUAAUCUGUUUACCUAACACUUGACUUAUUUUACAAUAAAAGUAAGAAACUUUACAU